GAAUUCUUCCUCCAUCAGAGUCAAGAGCCCUCCCCCGUCCCAGCUGGGGACCCCCCGGGUCCCACACAGUGCGCAGGGAGAGACCUCCCCAGAUUCAGCUCACCCGCAGCAAUUUCACUCCUUCAAGCUUUGUCAUCCUUGAGGUGUGCUUUUUCAGACUGAGAAAGGCAUUUCUGAGACCAUCUAACUUUACAAGCUUGGGCCCUGCGCUCCUGGCCUCUCAUGUGGUCCUGGCCCUGGCCUGCCAUGUGUGGGUUUGCCCACGUCCAGCCCUAGUCACCAUACAGCCCCUAACCCGGACAGAGUGGAUGCUGUCACCAGCCAUGACCCUUUCACCGACCUCAACUACACCGUCUGCCUGUCCUGUUACGAGUCCACUCACGGCAAGCUCAGAGGCACAGCCACGUCGUGUCACAGUGGAAGGACCACCUCCACGUUCCAGGAUGAGAGCCCGUCAACACCGAGUCGGGGGACCUGGAGCUGAGUGUGCUCUGGGCUCCGCCGGCGUCCUCCCCGCCUGGGAGAAGCGGAGCUCCUUGGAAGGGUGGCGCCUACAGGGCACGGCCUCUGCCCCAGCUGCGGGCGCCCCCAGGUCUGUGACAGGCAUGAACCGCGAGAAGUACGACGUCUCCCUCAGGACUGUCAGUAACGCCUCCCGCACCACCAGCUACGCGGGGCCCCUGGCCCGGGCCGUCCACGACGGCGCUGGGCUGCGGAGGGACCCAUGAGCACGGCCAGCAGGAGGCUGCGGACAGCCCCCCCGGGAAGCUGAUGCGUCGCCAGUGAGGGGCCGCCCAGAACGCCCUCCCGCAUCUAGUGGCGCUGGCAAGGCUCCGGGCACCUGGGUGGCGACAGCCGGUAGCGGGAAUCAGACCAGGAGGUAAGCACUCCACCUCUGCCCCUUACUGGCUGAGGGGCAUGGGCCAAGCCAAGCAAACUUCCUUCUCGAUCGGCUUCCUCAUCUGGAAAGCAGGAUUGGGUGGAUUAAACAAAUAAAUGGAGACCAGCAGGUGCGUAGACCAUGCCAGGCACGUGGUGACCCCUGAGAACGUGGUCUCCGAGCAUCACCCGGAACUUCCUCGGCACGGUAAUCCUCAGGCCCCCACCAGCCCCGACGAGCCCGAAACCCGGGGCCUUUGACCCGCCCUCCAGGUGAUCCCGAUGUGCCUCACGCCGGCUUCAAGAGGCACGGAGGUGCCAGGUGUUCCCUCCGUCACCCGGGGAGCUCGCCAACACUCGGAGACUGGGACUGAGCAGCCUGCACUUUUUACAGCUUUGCUGGGACCUGACUGACAUCCAGCAGCGUGUCGGGUGUGUGACCUGUCGAUCCGAUUCGUGUGUAUAUUCACCGCAAAGGGACCGCCACCAGCGCGGCGGCUCCCACCUCCUUCCCGUCACACACUCGCCGUUUCUUUUUUGUGCUGGUAACAUUUACGACGUACUCCCGUAGCAACUCGCGAGGGUACGAUACAGUAUUGUGAGCUGUGAUCCCCGCGCAUUGAGCCCCCAGGACUUGUAAGUCUUGAAACCGGAAGUCUGUACCCUUUGACAAAUUUUAACAAGCUCCCAGGUGACGCCCACGUGGGGGGUUGUAGGCCACCCUUGAAGAGUAACGGGGGCCUCUAUCAGUAUCAGGUAAAUGACCCAAACGGGAGAGAUCCACGGGCUCCAGAGGACCCACAGACCAG